AUGUGCCAACCGACGAUACUCGUACCCCUGUCGAAAGGAAUGACCCUGCUUUCUUUGAGGAAAGAUGACUGCCGAAGAGGCACGCAAAGUCAAGCGCAAUCCCACAGUGGAAACGCAAAGUGGAAAAAGAUUGGUGAUACUGAGGAGAAGAAACAAAUCCGCUGUUCUGUGGAACUGUUGACCUUGUUGCGCAAUGACCUCGUUGCUUGCAUUCUAUCCGAUGUAAAGGAUAAGGAAAACGAGAAGAAACAGCAACCCAAGAAGAAACAAUCUCAAACGAGACCCCCUACAAAAAAGAGAAGAAAGCUUGGUCAUGAGGAAUCGAAAGGCCAGUAA